AUGGUUCGCGAGAAACUGAAUCAAAAGUUCAGAUACCUUUUGAACUUUCUUUUUGAAGAUCCCAAAAAAUUCGUGCGAAUCGUGGUGCUCAGUGUUUGUUGUGUAGUUGUUAUUUUUCAGCUAACGGAAUGCUUUCGAAAAUUAAUCAGACCUCCCGUCAGUACCCACUUUCGGUUCGAACUGAACGAUACGAUGGUUUAUCCGGCGAUCACUCUGUGUCGGGAUCCUCCGUAUAAAUAUGAAGUGCUGCGUCGGUUCAAUCUAACGCUUCAUCCGAAAUACGCUAACGCUUUCGACAUGUUCAACUUCAACGAAAGCUCUCUCGAAGAACUGUUCCGAGAGGCGACCUACAAUGAGGACGAAUUUUUCAUAGCUUACGCGCUGAAUCAAGAUCCUGAAAAUAUCAAAACGACGCCAAAUAUGCAUCUAAAUUUGGGAAAUUGUUUCACAUUGGACCCCCUAGUGACGACAUCACAUACUUGGCGCGAUGCAGGAUACUCUAUCUUCUUACAGCAUGAUUCAGACGACGAUUAUAGCGAUCAGCUGGAGGAUGUCCCCGGCUGGCAUGUUUUCAUUCACGAUCGAGCGGAAGGAUUUGCGGAAAAUCGCGCGCAAUCUUCGGGUCGUGUUGAAUACCUCUUUCUGGAAGUGAACGAACAGAUUGAGGUUAAGAUGACGGCUCAGCAUUUGCACAUGCUUCCGAGCGAGAACCUCUGCACCACCGUGCUGGAAAUGAGCUCUACUAGGUGCAGUGAACUGUGUCACUGGCGCCAUGUGGUCAACAUUGCUGGCUGUACUGGCCCUUGGAUGCCCGACAUUGAGCAACGGACGUGUUCUACAAGCAACGAAACGCAACAACUGAUCAAACACUAUCAAUUGUUGGAGAGUUUGGACAGUUCCGUGUGUGGCUGUUACCAGCCCUGUACGGCGGUCAUCUACACGACAUUCGUUAUGAACCGCAAGCGGUUCAACAUCAGCGUGCCCGCUGGGCACAUAUGGCUUUACUACACUUCGAAGAUGGUUACGUUCGUUGAAGAGUUCCAUGGGUACGAUUUGGCUCAAUUUGUAGCUGAUAUGGGAGGAUCGCUGGGUUUUCUGCUGGGAUUGUCCGUUCUUGGAUUGAUUGGCUUGAUUGGAAAGAUUACCGAGAUACUGUGCCUUCGGAACUUGAUACCUGAGGAAGAAAUCACAGAGAAACAAUGCGAGGCAAAAAAUUCUCAGUGA